UCACUAAUAUCUUUUAGACGGGUUUAUAUAUAACACACAGUCGGGCCACUAAUCUCUAAAUCGGUAUUUCUGUGGUUAUAUAAGAGUUAUUGUAAGAGCUGAAUGUAUCUAUAUAACUUGCAUUUUAAGGCGAAUCAAAAUCUGGUUUGAACUGCAACAGCGCGGCCACUUUUCACCACGUCUUCUGUUUCACCCGAACUUUAUUACGGACACACACAAGAAAGCACAUCAUGCUGAAGAGUUAGCUGAUACUGUAGAUUAAACGUUGCACAGAUGUCUGAAAACCGAACCGACUCAGAAAGAGAAAGCGGGGUUGUGUUGGGCUUUUUAGAGGAGGCAGAGCCUUGGCAGUUCGUUAGCGCUCAGUUUCCCAGUAAAGUCGGCGGGAGGCCCGCCUGGCUAAGCCAGCUGAAUCUACCAACCGUUGCCGAGCUCGUGUGUGAGAAAUGUCAGCUUCCGACAGUGUUUCUUUUACAGGUUUAUGCCCCUAUUAUCGGACAAGAGCGGAGUUUUCACAGGACACUGUACGUGUUCUGCUGCAAGACACCGGAGUGUUACACUGCAAACGACAACCAGUGUUUGAAAGUGUAUAGAAGCCAGUUACCAAGGAAAAAUGACUUCUAUCCCUAUGAUCCUCCCGCUGAUGAAGAGCCUGCCACCAAUGCAGAUGAUGAGCAUAUACUAGGAUCAGGAGUGAAACUGUGCAGGCUAUGUGGCUGCGCUGGACACAAAGCAUGUUCUCGCUGUCAUAGCGUCACAUACUGCAGCAAAGAGCAUCAAACCAUUGACUGGAAACAGCGUCACAAGAAAGAAUGCAGUAGUGAACCUUCUUCUGCUGUAAAUAUGUUUCUGUUUCCUGAGUGGGAGUUGGUAACAGAACCUGAAGAAUUCUCAGUCAUGGAGGACAAGCCACCCGAUUCAAAUUCUCUCGUGCAAGCAAAUAGUGUUUCUUCAGAUUUGGAGGAGAGUGAGUUAGAGUCCAUGGCUCUCCAUGAAUCACAGGACAGCAAAAUGUUUCAGAAAUUUAAGGAGCGCAUAGCUACAGAGCCACAUCAGGUCUUGCGAUAUUGCAGAGAAGGAUCUCCACUUUGGGUGUCAUCUGAACAUGUGCCCAGCAAAGAAGACAUUCCGAAAUGCUCAUGUGGCACCAACAGAAUCUUUGAAUUUCAGAUCAUGCCUCAGUUGCUUAACCACCUAAAGGUGGACAAACCAGAUGCCAGCAUAGACUGGGGGACACUGGCCAUCUACACAUGUGCUGCCAGCUGUGACCAAGGCAACAACUAUUCAGCAGAGUUCAUCUGGAAACAAGACUUCUCAAAGGAUCAGGCAGUUUAACUACCACAUAGUAUAUACACUAACUCUGGCAACAGUGUUACUUGUCAUUUGUCACUGUGCUGAAAAUAAAAUCUCUUUACACCACAGAA